UGUAAACAAAAGCCAAAAUACUAAAAGACUACACUAAAAAAUCGAAAAAAAAAUAAAAUAAUUCAAUUAUUUUUCGUUUAAGAAUAAAUUAAUGCAUUAAAUAAAAAGCAAACAAAAAAAAAUGUCUACAAAAUCUACCGACAAAUGUCGUCUGUGUUUGGUGGAAACAGAAAUCGCCAAAACUUAUGAAUUGUUUAAGAACAAUGGUGGCAUUUCGUUUAAAACAGAAGUGGAUCAAAAUGAUGAAUUUAGCAAUUUGAAACUGUACGAAAAAGUGGAAUAUUGCUGCGGUGUAAGGCUACACAAUAAGAAACACAUGCCUACACGAAUUUGUGGAAAAUGCUUUAACACGGUACACAUGUGGUUCAAUUUUCGUCAAAUGUGCUACAACUCGCAAGUGUUCUUGACCACCCAAAGCCAGGAUGUGGUGGAUAUUGAUCAGGAGUUGGAAGAUUUACAAACCAUACGUACAAAAUUAAAUCAAAAACCUCAAGAUGUUAUAGAGUGUCUAGAUGCCGCAGACAAUAGUGAAGUGGGUGCUAUCAUUUAUGAAGAGAUUGAUAAUGAUGGAGAUGAUGAGGGUAAUUAUUUGGAUAGUCACUUUGAGUUAGAUGAUGAUGACCUGAUCGAUGAUGAGGGAAAUGUUAAAAAUAUAGCGGUUAAAACUGAACCUUUGGGGAAAUAUGAGAUAGAUGUGGCAAAUUUGAAAUUGGAAAAUAUGCCAGAUAAUGGUGAUCUUUUAGAAGCUUUGACAGCAGAUGAUUACAAUGAAGCCUUGGCUUAUCUUAACGCCGAGGAUGAUGAAGAACUGGAAGAGUUUAUAGAUCAUUGUGCCACUAAGAAUAUGACGAUUAGGCAAUUGAAUGCAAAAGCUCUGACGAAGUGUAAACCGAAAAUCAGUAAACCGAAACCAAAAACUAACGUUAAAGAGGAGAAAACACAAAAGACUAUAAAAUUGCCGAAACCCUCUACAUUUAUGUGUAAUAUUUGUGGUAAUGUUUAUAGCAAGAAACCACUAUUUCAGCAUCAUAUGCGUAUGCAUUCCGACGUUAAGCCUUAUCAAUGCGAACUUUGCGAUAAAUCAUAUCGUAUUAUGAGUGACUUGAGAAAUCAUAUGUAUCGUCAUACGGGAGAAAAACCUUUCAAAUGUAAAUAUUGUGAUCGUCAUUUUAUGGAUCGUAGUUCCCGCCACAGACAUGAAAGAAUUCAUACCAACUCCAGGCCAUACAAAUGUAAUAUAUGUACAAAGAGUUUCUCGUAUUCGGCAAUAUUGAAAAAUCAUUUGAAAUUACAUUCGGGUGAAAAGGAUUAUAUCUGCUCCAUUUGCAAUAAAUCCUUUACUUUGGCUCAUCAACUGAAAGCUCAUAUGCUAACCAUAUCUCACAAACAAAAAGAGGCUGCAUUUGAGGCAUCCGGCUAUAAGAUACUCUAUGAAACAGCAGUUGAUAUUUAAAUAUGGAAAACAAUGUGUUUAAAAAAAUCUAAAAAUAAAAACAAAUGUUUAUACACUAGAUUCUAAAUUGUAAAUAAAUGAAAAAACCUGCAAAAUAAGAGAAUAUC